AUGGCCCGACUCGAUGACGAGGCCGAGGACACAGUGGAGAGUCUACCAUUACCUCCUGCCACAUCUGCCCAAGGCAUGGGUACCACCUUGAGUGAACUGCAAAAGGCUGACCCUAGUCUUGUAGAAUGUCAUAUGUCAUAUGACUUAGCUCUCUCUAAAGAGGAAAUUGAGGAUGCAGCCACUGGUUAUUACUACAAUGAUCAGAUUUUGAGCUUCAGGACGGUAAUAAUGAGGUGGAAUGUAAGCUGUACUCGACAGCUUUUAGAAAAAAGACAAGGAUUUGGUGGAAACAAAUGUGUAGACAAAUUUAAUCUAGGAAAAUAUAUAUACCAGUCUUAUCAAGAGGUCAAUGAAUUGGUAAUUAAAUUCGGCAUUGGUUUAAACUAUUAUUUUAACUUUAAUAAUAAAAAUAAUAAUAAUAAUGAUAAUAAGGUGAAUCAACAACAAUCGAUUGCCAUAUAUGCUGAAACCCAGAAAGAAUGGCUUAUUGCAGCUCUUGGAUGCUUUAGACAACUGGCAAUUGUCGUCAGUCUUCCAACAAACUUGCCCCCCAAAACAAUUAUUAAUUCUCUUUUGGAAACAGAAAUUCGAAUUAUUAUUACCUCUUUUGGACCAUUAUUAGCUAAACUCCAAAAGGAAAUUUUACCUACUUGUCCUCAAAUAGAUUAUGUCAUUAUCUUAGAUGAUCAUAUCAAUAAAAUAGGACCAACAGUUUCACCAUAUAAAACGAGUGACAAUUUUAACACAAUUUCAUAUUAUAGUUUAAUAUUUGCCGGCAAAGAAAAUGAGGAUAUAUGUAAGGAUAACAUUAAAUAUAUUGAUGAGAGUGUUGUGGAAUUUAUCAUGUAUACCUGUGGUACUAUUGACGAACCUAAAGGAGUGAAGUUAACUCAUGGUAAUAUUUUCUCUGAGGUAUCAGCAUUUUGUAUUCGUGCUGAUUAUCGACAAUUGGGGAACUUAUACUUAGCAUAUCUUCCAUUGGCUUAUGUCACAGAAUUAAUAAUUGAAUUAUCUUGUAUUGCUAUGCAUAUUACAAUUGCCUAUUCCUCACCCUCUACUUUAAAUAACAAAAGUCCGCAGAUCUUGGAAGGAUGUCAUGGGGAUUUUAUUGAAGCUCAACCUACUUGUGUUUUUUUUGUAUCCUCUAUGUUAAAAUAUAUAAUGAAUGGAAUUACAAAAAAUAAUUAUUCAAUUUGGGAUCAUAUAGCCUUUGAAAAAAAAUUUAAACUGAAAUGGAUUGCUAAUGUUUGGGAUAAAUAUAUUUCACGGAAAAUAUGUGAGCAGUUUUUUGGUAAUCGAUUGAUGACAGUUAUCAUUGGAGGUGAUUUAAUUUCAAAAGAGUCAUACCAAAAGCUUCGAACGCUAUUCAAUUGUUCAGUAAUAAUAGGGUAUGGUACCACAGAAACUACGGCUUGUAUUACUAGCAGUAACAAAAGUGAUGAUGUAUUACAUUGUGGUGAUCCUAAUUAUAGAGUAAAACUAUCAUUAAUUGAUUGGAUUGGAGGAGAUUUUAAAACGACAGAUAAGCCGCAUCCUAGAGGGGAAGUUGUAGUGAGUGGUCCUAUAGUGGCCCGAGAAUAUUCAAGGAUUACUGGAAAAGGAGAUGAUGGUGGAGACUUUUUCUUAUCCAAAAGAGGUAUUUGGAGUUUUAAAACUGGUGAUAUUGGGGAGAUUAAUUGUGAAUCAGGAAUGUUACGCAUAAUUGAUCGUAAAAUAAAUUUCCAGAGAUUAAAGAAUGGAGAAUAUAAUUGUGCUCACUCCAAAAUUGAACUUGAUGAUUACUAA